AUGGCACGGGCACCCACCGUCAUACCCGUCAGCGACUAUGUCUUCCGGGACACCACCACCGCCGCCAAGCGGCUCUUCUGGAGGCUGAACGGCCCGCUCGAGGGCGCCAUCCAAGUCGCGCCGUCGCAAUACUACGAGCCGGACGCCGUCAUGGAGCCGUACAUCGGCCCCGACGGCACCCCGCACGCCGAGGUGGCGCACGCGCCCCUCCUAGAGCCGCCCGUGUCGUCGCUCACCGUCAAAAUCCUGACCAUCGACGAGUGGGAGCAGGCGUGGCUCGCACUGCACGCCCGGUGCCGCGAAGUCCCUGACUUGAGCCAGCGCCGCAUGGGGCCGCGUCCUGGCGACGACUCUCUCGACCCGGACCUCUACGUGGGCGAGGUCCUCACCGUGCACGAGUUUGUCUCGGCCGUGCACCCCUGGCUGAUGGCCAGGCGCGACGCCAUCCUGGUCACCGUACUCCAGAGCGAACGGGGCACCACCCUACUCCAGAGGGACCGGGGCGUGGGCGUUGUUAGGAACCCGCCCGAAACCGACCUCGAGAACAAGUUGGCUGUUGUGCGCUUUGGACAGGGCUAUGUGAAUGUCGGUAACGAGGACCGGUGGGUCUGGUGGUACAGGAAGCCGCCCGCGGCCAGUUCUGCACCUCGUGAAAAACUUUCGCAUGAGGAGCGCACCCGCAGGACUAUGGAGAGAAUGAUGGCAAGGGCUGCGGCGAUGAUACGCGCACGAGAGAAGAAGGAGGCGGCACAAGCAGCCGAGAAGGACAAAGAAACGUGACCUGGGACGGUCUGCUGUAGGGCACGGUGGUGCAUACCUCCUCAGGGCAGUAGCCGGCGGCGUACGAG